GGAAAGCAGAUUUAGGGCUGGAGGUUUGUCUCACUGGUAGAGAUUUUGCCUAGCAUGCUAGAGGCCCUGAGUUUUGAUGUUCAAUGAAGGGCCAAGGGGAGUAAAGUAGGAGUCACCUGCUUGGACUUCUGGGCUGAGAAGCUUGGUCUCCUUGGGAGUGAUACACUGCUGAAAGGCAACAGCAACUCCUUCCCCUUCAGUGGAGGGCCAGGCCAAGGAAGCCCCUGGCACCUUCUGCACUGUCUUCCCCGAAGCAGUGACUCAACCCCUCUGCUUAGAAUUAAGCACAGUGCCUUAGCACUUCCACUUCCCAGCUUUUUCCGACUCCUAGGAUUUGUUUUCUGGGUAGAACCAAGAAUCUGCUCUUUUCUGGAAUUGUCAGAAAUCCUGGAAAGGACCUCCCACCCCCAAUCAGGGAGGAGCAGAGAGGCCAGCCCCCUUCUAAACCAUCCCGCGCCCCUCCAUCUGCCCUUGCUUGGUCAGGGGGUGGGGGAGAGGUCUCUCCUCAGAGUAGCUGCUCCAGAGGUUGCCCAGUGGAGUUGGAAACACCUUCUCUCAGUGCUCCAGGUUUGCACUGUCCUUUGAAGGGGUGAGAUCCUCUACAGAACCUGCUCGCAACCAGGUUCUAGGGCCUGGCCUGAUGUGGAGGGAGAGGGAGAGAAGAGGACCUUGGAGAGCAUGGAUGGGGAGAAGGGCAAGCCUGUAAAUGAUGAUCCUGAUGUGGAAUUUGGGCAUCACAGGUCAUGGCAGGUGGGAAGGGGCGCUCCCUGCCCAGCCCUGGCACCCGCUCCCCUUCCUGACUUCUCACUCGUUGUCAUGUGGUACAUUCCCUGCAGCAAGCUGAUGCCUGCUUCUUGUCCUGUGGACCCUCAGGAUCCUACCUCCUUGUCAAGACCAGAGCCUUGACCCAAAGCUUUUGGUUGUCAUGAGGCAAUGACAGGGACAAGUUUGAGUGGCCCGAGGCAGCCGGGAUGACAGUUCUCCCCAGGAACCCUGCUACCUGCUGAGAAACAUGAUCAGCAAGUCCCCUCCUCUGUGCAUGUACCCUGCAGGCUGGAAGCUCCUGGCCAUGUUGGCUUUGGUCUUGGUGGUCAUGGUAUGGUAUUCCAUCUCCCGAGAGGACCGAUACAUUGAACUUUUUUAUUUUCCCAUCCCAGAGAAGAAGGAGCCAUGCUUCCAAGGCGAGGCAGAGAGAAGGGCCUCUAGGAUCUUUGGCAACCACACCCGAGAUCACCCUAUCUUUCUGCAGCUUAAGGAUUAUUUCUGGGUCAAGACACCAUCUGCCUAUGAACUGCCCUAUGGGACCAAGGGGAGUGAAGACGUGCUCCUCCGGGUGCUAGCCAUCACCAGCUACUCUAUACCUGAGAGCAUCCAGAGUCUUAAGUGCCGCCGCUGCGUGGUGGUGGGGAAUGGGCACCGGCUACGGAACAGCUCGAUGGGAGAUGCCAUCAACAAAUACGAUGUGGUCAUCAGAUUGAACAAUGCCCCGGUGGCUGGCUACGAGGGUGACGUCGGCUCCAAAACCACCAUGCGGCUCUUCUAUCCAGAAUCUGCCCACUUUGAUCCCAAAGUGGAGAACAACCCAGACACACUUCUGGUCCUGGUAGCUUUCAAGGCAAUGGACUUCCACUGGAUUGAAACCAUUCUGAGUGAUAAGAAGAGGGUGCAGAAAGGCUUCUGGAAGCAUCCUCCCCUCAUCUGGGAUGUCAACCCAAAGCAGGUUCGGAUUCUCAACCCCUUCUUCAUGGAGAUUGCCGCCAACAAGCUGCUGAGCCUGCCAAUGCAUCAGCUGCGUAGGGUCAAGCAGAAGCCGACCACAGGCCUGUUGGCUAUCACCAUGGCCCUCCACCUCUGCGACCUGGUGCACAUUGCUGGCUUCGGUUACCCCAAUGCCUUUGAUAAGAAGCAAACCAUUCACUACUAUGAGCAGAUCACGCUCAAAUCCAUGGCGGGGUCAGGCCACAACGUCUCCCAAGAAGCCCUGGCCAUCAAGCGGAUGCUAGAGAUGGGAGCUCUCAAGAACCUUACUUACUUCUGACUUGGCAAAUCCAUCAGUUGCCCGCUCAAUGCCUGGAUGCCCCUGUCCAUGUCUGUGAGGGAACCUGGUGCCAGCACUACCCACUUGGACUUAACCCUCCCCUAAACAGGUCCCAGGGCUGGGCUGGCCUAAGAUGAGUCCAUGCCCCUGGUUGCUCUCAUGGAGCCCUGAGCCAGCCAAGGCGGAGGCCCUGGGCCCCGGGAGCCUGUCCAAAGCAGGGGACUUGUUGCUGAGGCAUCCCCUUUUGCCAGCACACAGAGAUUAUUUAAUGGACUAUUUAAUUAUGACACAGGAGAGUGCUGUGGGCUGGUCCCAUGGCAUCCAGAAAUUUUUAUAAAAACUUACAUGUGAUGAGCCUCCCAGAAGAGUGGAGGUAUUGGAGUGGGUGGGUGCCCUCCAGAGAAGGGUUGCUACCUCUCAGCAGGCAUGGGAGGAGCACUAGUGAGGGGGGCCACUCAAAAGUGGACCUCAUUAAAAUAUUUUUCCUAAAACGGAAGCAGUGGUAAGGCCCUGUGUCCUUUCAGAUUGGGAGGCUGGGGAUUUAGCUCCGUGGGUUCUAGCAUCUGCCUCACAA